AUGAUUGCAGUAACGGCAGUGGCGUUGGUAGUAGGUGCAAUGGUUAGUGCUUAUUACAAAGCCCUAAAGCCACCUUCCCCAAAGCUAUGUGGGUCACCCAAUGGUCCACCAAUCACUUCUCCAAGAGUCAAACUCAAAGAUGGCAGGCAUUUGGCUUACAGAGAAGAUGGUGUUCCAAAGAAAAAAGCCAAAUACAAAAUCAUUGUGGUUCAUGGCUUUGGCAGCUCCAAAGAACAGAGAUUAUCUGCCCCUAAAGACCUUGUUGAGGAGCUUGGGAUAUAUUUCUUGCAUUUUGACAGAGCUGGUUAUGGAGAAAGCGAUCCAUAUCCAUCUCGUUCGGUAAAGAGUGAAGCAUUUGAUAUUGAACAACUUGCUGACAAGUUGAACAUAGACAAAUUUUAUGUUCUUGGAAGCUCACUUGGAGGCUAUCCCAUUUGGAGUUGCCUCAAAUACAUACCACAUAGAUUAUUAGGAGCUGCACUUGUGGUUCCUUUUGUGAACUUAUGGUGGCCUUGUUUGCCUGCAAAUAUAGCUCGAGAGUCAUUUGAGGUGUUGCCUAAACAAUAUCAACAUACAUAUAGGGUUGCUCGUUAUGCACCUUGGCUCUUAUAUUGGUGGAUGACUAGCAAAUGGUUCUCUCACUUAAGAAUACAAUCUCAACUCAAUACCCUAGUCUUCACCCAAAAGGAUUUAGAGAUUGAAAAGAAGUUGCAAGAGGUUUAUUUUGGUCAGGAGAAGAUUGAACAACAAGGUGCUUAUGAUUCGGUUUUUCGAGACUUGAUGGUGACUUAUGGAAAAUGGGAGUUUGAUCCAUUAGAUAUUGCCAAUCCAUUUCCCAACAAUGAGGGUUCUGUCCACUUUUGGCAAGGUUAUCAAGAUAAGAUCAUUCCUUACAAAAUUGGCCGAUUUCUAUCUGAGAAACUGCCAUGGAUGAAAUAUCAUGAGGUUGCUGAUGGAGGCCAUAUGUUUUUCUUUGAGCCCCCUAUGUGUGCAUCUAUGUUGAAGGCUUUUUUGCUUAAUUGACCUCUCCUUUCAACUUUUUUUUUUCUCUAAAAAAAUGUUAUGGUUUACACUAAAAUAAAAUAUAUGGGCUUCAUUAAUAGUUGUUCUUGAGAAGAGUGUGAUCCACAUCUCUUCUCUUCUUCAUGUUUUUUUUUUUUUUUGGA